CCCUCUCUCCAAUCAAAUCUAGCGGUUUAUGUUCACUCCCCCUUGUCCAUAAAUUUCAUUUGGCUGGUGGGCUGGUGGGCUGUUCCUAAACGCGGCAAAGCGAUGGCUGUGAAGGUACUGGAUUCUCCGCUUGAUGCUCUAGCCUUCAACUAUGUGAGCUUCGGAUUCUUCACCCUAGUUAAUAAUUUAUGGACAUGGGUAGCCGUCGUCACCGCCGCCGUCAGUUUCUGGAGCAUCAGAAUCAGAGCCGCCGCUUCCGCCGGUGCUGUCUUAUCUCCUCUCAAGUCGGAACCACCAGAGCUUCACGAUCGGGAAACAGACGCUUCGUCAGCUCCGUCGACAUUGAAGGAGGACCCAGCUCCCUCGACGGUUCCCUCAGUUGUGGCCGUCGGAGGCGGAGGAGUGACGAAAGGGAAGUUCACUGUGUAUUACGAGAAUGACCGGAAAAGCGACGGCGAGGUAGCACUGGCCGGACCUUGGGCCGCCUCCGAGGGUGACGUUGACGGAGACUGUGGAGAGUGGAGCCAGUGGUGGGAGGGAGUGAUGAAGACGAGAAUGGGGGAGUUGGGGUGGUACAGUUGCCAGGAUCGGACGGUGCUGAAUGGAAGCGUGGUGAGAUUUUGGGACGGCCGUGGACGGAGACGUUCCGUCACAGGUGGACUUCUGUUGUAGUUGUGGUGUAUAAUGUCGAAGACAAUAAAUUAUUAAAUUGUGUAUAUACCAUGGUUGAUGAAGGAAUUAAAGUUGCAAUUUUGCCGUCUUU